AUGGACUUUUGUAGUACCUGCACAAACUGGCUGAUGGAAUGCAUCACGAUAGUCUCUUACUCUUUCCUCCUCAACGAUGAAGCAGUGGGUAACAUAGCUCCUCAACGCGGUAUCUGGCAGGGAGAUCCACUCUCGCUUUAUAUCUUCAUUAUCUGUGGAGAGAUUCUCUCGGGUAUUAAAGUACAAGAAGAUGGGUCACUACCAGGUAUCAAAGUGGCACGAAACAGUCCUAAGAUCAACCAUCUACUGUUCGCUGAUGAUACAAUGUUCUUCACGAAGACAGAUAGUUCAGCUUGUUCUUGCCUUAUGAGCAUCUUGCACAGCUAUGAAGCAGCUUCAGGCCAGAAGAUCAAUGCUCUGAAAUCCUUUAUCUCCUGCUCAAGAAAAACCCCUGCAGAGAUUCGUUUGCGUGUUAAAUCACAACUUGGUAUUGAUAAGGAGGGAGGGGUGGGAAAAUAUCUGGGGUUACCUGAGCAUUUCGGCCGUAAAAAGAAAGAUCUCUUUGCCUCUAUUGUUGACAUAAUGAAGCAACGCUCCCUCAAUUGGUCUACUCAAUUUCUCUCUACUGCAGGAUGGAGACUGAUUACUAACCCGGAAUGCCUCCUUGCGAAGGUUCUCCUAGGGAAGUAUUGUCACAAAACUCCUUUCCUUAAAGUCUCGGCAUCUACUGCUAUCUCCCAUGGGUGGCGAGGAAUCUUACUAGGUCGAGACCUCCUCUUUAAACACCUAGGAAAGGCAGUGAGAAAUGGGGAAUCAACGUCUGUCUGGAAAGACUCUUGGAUACACCCAAAGACAAACUUAAGACCGAUAGGACCUGUCCUCCUAAAAGAUAAUGACCUUAUGGCCUCUGACCUCCUCACUAGAGAAACUAAAGAGUGGAAUGCAAGUCUGAUUGACAAUCUCUUUCCUGACCUGAAAGAUCACAUCUUGAGCCUACGUCCCAGCGUUCUAGGAGCUCGGGAUUCUGUCAUAUGGCCACUGCAUAAAUCCGGAAAAUACAGUGUUAAAUCAGGUUACUACUCCACCUUUGUUUCUCCUACUGAAUCUGCACUAGUCAGUGAAGAUACAUGUGAUUGGAAGCAUCUCAUUUGGUCUCAACACCUAUCGCCGAAGUUGAAAUACUUCCUGUGGAAAAUAGGCUAUGAUGCUCUUCCUACUGGGAGAAACCUACAGAGAAGAGGUCUCUUGACCAAUACAAACUGCAUCCGUUACGGAGCUGUGGAAAUCGUGGAACACAUCUUCUUCCACUGUCAAUUCGCAAUCGAGGUUUGGAGCAACGGACCAUGGAAUUGCCAAGUUGACACAACCACAAACACCUCCUUUCUUGAUAUACUCAAGGAGAGCUGGAAAUGGACCCCACUGCCCCCCUAUGGCUUCACUGGGAAUGCUGUCCCUUGGUUAUGCUGGUCCAUCUGGAUCUUGAGGAACCAGCUCCUGUUUGAGAAUCGCACUUAA